UCCGCCUCCCCGGUGGCGGCGCGGGUGGCGGAGGCGGUAAGCGGCAGCGGCAGCGGCGCCUGCGCGUCUCCUGUCAGGGUCCGCAGGCAAGUCCCCUGGGCGGCCCAGCUGGACGUGGCGGAGCCGAAGCCCGGGGGCCGAUGGCGAUGAACUAUAACGCGAAGGAUGAGGUGGACGGCGGGCCCCCGUGCCCUCCUGGGGGCCCCGCCAAGACCCGGAGGCCGGAUAACACGGCCUUCAAACAGCAACGGCUGCCCGCCUGGCAGCCCAUCCUCACGGCCGGCACGGUGCUGCCUACCUUCUUCAUCAUCGGCCUCAUCUUCAUCCCCAUUGGCAUCGGCAUCUUCGUCACCUCUAACAACGUCCGUGAGAUCGAGAUUGAUUACACUGGAAUGGAACCCUCCAGCCCCUGCAAUAAAUGCAUGAAUACCACUAUCACACCGUGUUUUUGUAUCAUUAACUUCACACUGGAACAGUCCUUUGAGGGCAAUGUGUUUAUGUAUUAUGGACUGUCUAAUUUCUAUCAAAACCAUCGUCGUUAUGUGAAAUCUCGAGAUGAUAGCCAGUUAAAUGGAGACCCUAGUGCUUUGCUUAAUCCAAGUAAGGAAUGUGAACCUUAUCGAAGAAAUGAAGACAAACCAAUUGCCCCAUGUGGAGCUAUUGCCAACAGCAUGUUUAAUGAUACAUUAGAAUUGUUCCUGGUGGCCAAUGAAUCUGACCCCACACCUACACGAAUUGCUUUGACAAAAAAAGGGAUUGCUUGGUGGACAGACAAAAAUGUGAAAUUCAGAAAUCCACCUGGGAAAGAAAGCCUUGCAGAAAAAUUUAAAGAUACAACAAAGCCAGUAAACUGGCAUAAACCAGUGUAUCUGUUAGACUCUGAUGAUGAAAAUAAUAAUGGAUUCAUAAACGAGGACUUUAUUGUUUGGAUGCGUACUGCAGCAUUACCUACUUUUCGUAAGUUGUAUCGCCUCAUAAAACAGAGCGAUGCUUUGCACCCGACAUUACCAGCUGGACAGUACUAUUUGAACAUCACAUACAAUUACCCUGUAUCUUCUUUCGAUGGAAGAAAACGGAUGAUCUUGAGCACUAUUUCAUGGAUGGGAGGAAAAAAUCCAUUUUUGGGAAUUGCUUACAUCACUAUUGGAUCCAUCUCCUUCCUUCUGGGAGUUGUACUGCUAGUAAUUAAUCAUAAAUAUAGAAACAGUAGUAAUACUGCUGACAUCACCAUUUAAUUUUAUAUUCUGAAAACAAAUCUACUGCAUGUGCAUCAAGGCCAGUCCUGUUCAACCUAGGUUUUGAAUGCUAAUGUCUGGUUAGUAUGUCAUUUUGAAGUUGGCACAUAACCUAAAAAAGAAAAAAAAAAACACUCUUUGUUCCUUGCUUCUUACAUAUGGAUGACUUACGAAAAUAUAUGAUGGGUAUGCAAAUUAGCUUUAUUGAUCAUAUCAAUAUUGUAACUGCUAAAAUGGCAUUCUAACGUCUGCUUUUUAUUGGGACAGGCCAUGUGAUGCAGAGAGCCUCUUUCAUGUGAACGUGUCUACUGCUUAAACUGUUCAUGCUGUGUUGAUAACGUUACAGUGACAUGAUGCUGUUUGUGUGUGCCUACU